UACACUGUCAGGAGCAUCUUUGUCUAACCUCUCGUCCCAAGCGCAUCUGAAUCCAGAACAUAAGAGCAGAGGAACUGAACAUCUUGGAAGCAGUGACUUUCAAAUAAAACAAUCGUUUUAACAUUGUUAUAGCUGUAUCAUAAUACCUUAUUGACAGUCAGAGUAAAGUGUAAAUCAUUUUAAAAAUUUGGCUGCAGACUAUGGGGCGGCUGCUUUGCGUGCUGUUGGUGUUCCUGGCUUGCUGUGUUGUCCAAACAAACACAGAGACAAUAUGCGGGACCAGCCAGUUUCUGUGUGGGAAUGGGAAGUGCAUUACGCUGAGAUGGGUGUGUGAUGACACAGAUGAUUGUGGAGAUGGAACUGACGAGCUCCCCGGAACCUGCUUGGCCAGAUCAUGCAGAACCACAGAGUUCAGCUGUGGUGGACAUCUGAACCAGUGUGUUCCCAGUACCUGGCUCUGUGAUGGCAAAGCAGACUGUGAGAAUGGAGUUGAUGAGGAGAGCUGUGCGCCCAAGCACUGCACAGAUAACAAAUUCCGCUGCAGUAACAACCAGUGUGUGUCGGCCUCUUUUGUGUGUGAUGAGGAGUUGGACUGUGAUGACGGGAGCGACGAGGCUUCCUGCCCACCCACCACCUGUAGCUCCACCUCCUUCCAGUGCAACAACUCUGUGUGUGUGCCGCGCCUGUGGGCCUGCGACGGAGACGCUGACUGCUCGGAUGGCUCCGACGAGUGGCCCCAGAACUGUGGGACGCGAGCCCCUGGGGGUGCCCCCAAGCCCUGCUCCCUUCGGGAGUUCCAAUGUGGCAGCGGGGAGUGUAUCCACAGCAGCUGGAAAUGUGAUGGAGGAUUCGACUGCCUGGAUCGCUCUGACGAGACCAACUGUAGCCGCCUCACCUGCCGCCCCGAUGAGUUCCAAUGCGGUGAUGGCACCUGUAUCCACGGCGGUCGCCAAUGUAACCGCCAGUACGACUGCAGAGACUUGAGUGAUGAAAUUGGCUGUGUCAAUGUGAGCCAUUGCAAGGGUCCCACCAGGUUUAAGUGCCGUAGUGGGGAGUGCAUCAGCAUGGAGAAGGUGUGUGACAAGCAGCGUGACUGUAGGGACUGGUCAGAUGAGCCUCUCAGAGAGUGUGAUUCCAACGAGUGCCUGUACAACAAUGGCGGCUGCUCACACAUCUGCAAUGACCUGAAGAUUGGCUAUGAGUGCCAAUGCCCCACCGGCUACUACCUGACGGACAAGAAACGCUGUGAAGAUAUCGAUGAGUGUGCCAACCCAGACAUCUGCAGCCAGAUCUGUGUCAAUCAAAUGGGCAGCUACAAGUGUGAGUGUGAGGAGGGCUACCAGGUCGACCCAGCCACUAAAGCCUGCAAGGCCAUCGGCACUGUAGCCUAUCUGUUCUUCACCAAUCGCCAUGAGGUGAGGAAGAUGACACUGGACAAGAGUGAGUACACGCGUGUCAUCCCCCACCUGAAGAAUGCAGUGGCUCUGGACAUGGACAUGGUUGCCAAGGAGAUUUACUGGUCUGACCUCUCCCAGAAGAAGAUCUACAGCACCUCAAUGGACUUGGCUGCAGACACAGCGCAACACAAAGUUGUGAUUGACAGCGACAUCGAAGGUCCGGAGGGCAUCGCCUUUGACUGGGUCCACGGCAACAUCUACUGGACCGACAGUAUCCGCAGCAGCAUCUCUGUGUCAACCGCCAAUGGGAGCCGUCGCAAGACUCUCUUCCAGAAUGACCUGGCCAAGCCCCGCGCUAUUGUGGUCGACCCCCACAGCAACUUCAUGUACUGGACUGACUGGGGAACUCCAGCCAAGAUUGAGAAGGGAGGUCUGAAUGGAGGAGACCGUGCUGCUCUGGUCACAGACGACAUUGUGUGGCCCAAUGGAAUCACCCUUGACCUGCUGAACCAGCGGCUGUACUGGGUGGACUCCAAGCUGCACACCCUCUCCAGUAUCGACGUCCAGGGUGGCGGCCGAAGGACACUCAUUAUAGAUGAACACAGGCUAGCCCAUCCCCUAGGCAUCACUGUGUUUGAGGAAAGAGUGUUUUGGACUGAUGUCAGCAACAAUGCCAUUCUGAGUGCCAACCGUGUGACAGGCAGGGACAUCAAGCCUGUGGCAGAGCACCUGGUAUCCCCAGAGGACAUUGUGUUGUACCACAACCUCAAACAGCCAACUGGCAGGGACUGGUGCAAGGUGGCCAACGGAGGCUGUGAGUUCAUGUGUCUGGCAGCCCCCCAGGUGGGCCUACAUUCCCCCAAGUACACCUGUGCAUGCCCUGACAACAUGCUGCUGGCCAAAGACAUGAGGAAAUGUGUACCAGCUGCACCAACACAUGCAGCUCCAAUCAAGCCCAUUGUUCCCGCCUCCAACCCCCCACCGGCACCCGCCCGCACCCCCACUGCACCUCCAGCUCGCGUCACCACUAAGGCCCCCAUCAUCGCUACCACAAUUACGCCUGCGCCUCCCCGCACUACCAAGCCUGUGCCACGCAACCCCCAGCCUGCCCAGCCAGAUAGACCCAGGGUCCCCCAGGCCCAGACUACCACAGUGCCUCAAGUCACCACUCAGGACAUCCGUCCAUCCAUCCAUGAAUUUGCUGCUAUACCCACAGCCCCUUCAACCCCUGCAGCUUUAUACAUCGGGCUUCCUAUAGCCAUUGUGUGUCUGGUGGCCUUUGGUGCCGUGCUGCUGUGGAGGAACUACAGGUUGAAGAACACCAACACCAUUCACUUUGAAAACCCAGUCUACCAGAAGACCACUGAAGACCAGGUGCACAUAUGCAGGAGCCACAGUCCAGACGGCUACUCCUACCCACCGAGACAGAUUGUGAGUCUUGAUGAUGAGGCUUGACCGUAGUGCUGCCGUUCCCUGCCAACACAAA